AUGGCACCUUAUGAAGCUUUAUAUGGUAGAAAAUAUAGAUCCCCAAUUGGUUUGUUCGAAAUAGGUGAAACUACCUUAAUUGGGCCAGACCUUGUUCAUCAAGCUAUGGAAAAAUUUAAAGUGAUACAACAACGGCUAGAAACAGCUCAAAGUCGACAUAACUCAUAUGCAGAUGUUAGAAGGAGAGGACUAGAAUUUUCUAUAGGGGAUUGGGUGUUCUUGAAGGUGUCACCAAUGAAAGGGGUAAUGAGGUUUGGUAAAAAGGGAAAGUUGAGUCCACGCUAUGUUGCGUAUGAGUUAGAGCUACCUCAUGAGCUUUCAACCGUUCAUCUGAUGUUUCAUGUCUCAAUGCUUCGAAAAUGCGUAGGUGUCCUAUCUCGUAUUACUCCUACUGAAGAUGUACAGGUUACAAGAGAUCUCACUUAUGAAGAAGUACCCAUUGCAAUUCUGGAUCGACAAACCGAUGAGAAAGAUGAAAAUGUUGAGUUGAGGCGUUAA